AUGGCUGCCUCCGCCGCCGUCUCUGCGCAAGAAGCGCAGCAGAUGCCCUUUAUCAGAAACCUCGCCUCCAGCGACCGCAAACUGCGCACCGAAUCCCUCGCCUCGCUGCAGUCCUUCCUCUCGUCCCGCCAAUCCCUCUCGCCCCUCGACGCCCGCAAGCUCUGGACAGGCCUCUACUACGCCCUCUGGAUGACCGACCGCCCACGACCCCAGCAGGCCCUCGCGUCCGACCUUGCCAAUCUCGUGUCUGGCCUGCAAUCCGCCUGCGUCGAGCCCUGGCUCGCGGCCUUUUGGUCCGUCCUCGGCACGCAGUGGCCGCAUAUUGAGGCGUUGCGCUUGGACAAGUUUCUGCUUCUCGUGAGGAGAGUCUUUAGCGCGCAUGUGAGAAUUGUUAAAGAGCAGGGCUACAAGGGCGAUUUGGCAGAGCAGGUCGUGGGUGUAUUUGCGAAAUGGUGCUUUGACGCAGAGGACGAGGAGAAGGUUGCGCUAGGACUGAGGCUGCACGUGCUCGAUGUGUGGGUGGAUGAACUCGAGCGCGAAGGCGCCAUUGCUGCCGCGAAAGAGGGAAACGAGGACGCAAAGGCGUUUGUGGAAAAGGUUGGCGCGCUGGUUGAGACGCUCAAGAGGUGUCCCGUCAAGUCCUUGCGACAGCGCGCGGCGGAUAGCCACGAUGACGAGAGAUUGCCGUGGGCGGAGAAGAACGAGGAGGAUGAGGAGGAUGAAGACAUGGAUGGAGCAGAGGGUGGUGAGGGUGAUGAAUGGGGUGGCUUGGACAACUAA